AUGGCUAGCUACAACUUUGAUUUCUAUAAUGUCUACUCGAAAAAGGAAUGCUUGAUUCCUCUUCAGGAGCUACUGAAAUCGUCUACUUUUCUUGUUGAUGAUAGCUGUGUCUUUGGUGUGGAGAUAUUAAAAAUUGAUGUCUCUACUCCUGAAAAGUUGAUGAUAGCUGGUUUGUUUGAGAAGAAGGCUACCACAGUCCAGAACCUCUUUGUCCAGAAGAAGGGAUUCAUCAAAGGGACCUAUACCUGGACAAUUAAUAACUUCCCUGGAUUGGACUUUGUCCGUUCUUCUACAUUUGAAGUUGGUGGACAUAAAUGGUAUAUUGGCAUGUAUCCACGGGGUCACAAGUGCAGCACUGAUUGCCUCUCCUUGUUCUUAUGCCUGGAUGCCCCGAAUGAGCUGCCUCUCGAAUCUUGGAGCGUGGCUGAAAUGAGUUUAUCCAUACAGGACCAAAAGAAUGGGAAACACUUCACUAGAACUACAGGUCGUCUCUUGGUGUUCGCAAAAUCCUGGGGAUGGCCUGACUUCAUUCCACUUAACACAUUCAAGGAUCCGUCUGUAGGCUAUCUUGUAGAAUCGAACUGCAUUGUCAAGGCAGAUUUCACCAUCGUUGGGUCAUCUAAUGGCUAGCUCUUUACGUCAUGAACUGAUGCAGAGAUAAUGCCCUUUCGUCCUACUCUACACAUGAGGUAGUGGCCGGUGUCGUAGCAGUAAGAACUUGUGUGACGAUUUUAUGGUAUUAAUCAUAAACCUGAUCGC